AUGGAUCGGGUGAGAACUCGCUACUACUCGUUCGUAGCCACAGAAACCGGAAAACAUUUACGACCCUGGGCAGUUAAACUCAAGAGAACCUGGUUCGCCAUGCAGAUCAGCCACCGUGGCAAAUACUCCAUCGAGAGAAUGAUAGCGCUGAACGAGUACACCCGAACCGCGUCGAUCUUGCGCGUGUUGUUCGUUUGUGUCACUACCCCAAUGCCGAUGAUAGUGUUGGUACUACUCGUUGAAAUGAUACCGCUGCAAGACCCGAGCGACGGAUGGCAAGCAAACUAUGGGAUAUGGAUUCGUACGGCACUUCAAGCUGGCGUCGUCGCUCUUGCAGCUGCAGACCAAGCGAGGCAUUUGCUGCAUGGCGUACGGUUCUCGGUAUUUCAGCUUCUUGCACUGUUUGUCAGCAUAGCCGUGAACUAUACUGGUGCUGCGAUCGCUGUGGCUGCAUCCCUCGGCUUCCCAAUCCCGUUCAUGGCAAUAACGAUGAGCACCGCAUUCUUCACAGUGCUCAUUGCAUCUUUUCGAAUUGUCGCGGGCAAGCGUGUUUUCCGUGAAAUACUCGCACAACGCAACCAGCUUUACACAUUCAUUGGGUUCCUCGCAGCACAGAUGCUGCUGUUGCUCGUGUAUCCAUUCUACCAAGUUCUCUUCCAAGCAGCAUCCGACAACGUUGAAUACGAGCUCGCCGUGUUGCUGUUGCUGCCUUUGAUCAAGAGCGCAAUGAAAAAUCUCGUGUCGCUCACAAUCGCCCGAAUGGAAGACUUGGUACCCGAGGCUGUUAUUUUCACUGUGGAUUUCUUCAACGCCGUGUACCUGGCAACCAGCAUGCAGAGUGCGACUUCUUCCAUCACAAUUGCAACCAUCAUGGCGGUCGACGUCAUCCAGACAGCGAUAGCUCUGCAAGACCUCUAUCGACGAACUGACAACGUACUAGAGCGUCUGCAAGAAGUCACAGGGAUCCCAUCGACCCACAAGAGCGUGCUCGACAACGCAUUGGCCUUGUGCCAGCGAACCGACACCUUCACGCAGCAGAAGCGCACGUACAUUCGACUGGCCUCCUGUCUCCCACACGAGCUCUCCGCCUCCAGCAGAGCGCUUCUAUACCAGCUCCAACAGCACCCUGGCAACAGCCACGGUCUCCCCAUCCCCAGCGGGGCCAGCACGGACGUUCCACCGCGCGUCCGCAUCUCCCGAGCUCUCCGCAGCCUUCCCUCCAAAAUCAAGUCCACCUGCAGCUCUACUUCCAGCAUCCACCCAGCCGUGUCUGUGAUGCCCGUGCCCCCGAGCUCCUUGUCCGAGCCGCUCUCAGAGGUUCUAAGCGAGACGCUGCGUCUCCUGUUCACGACCGAGUGCCUCGUCCUGUCCGAGUACCUCGAGUCCGUCAUGCCGUUCCUGUACGGCGGGUUCAUGCUGGCCAUGGUGCAGCUGCCCAACGCCCAGUUCCACUCGGAGCUCGAGGGCGUCGACGUGCACAACGUGCAGCGCCGCGUGCAGUCCAUCUUCGUCUACGCGGCACUAGAGCUGUUGUCCAUGGCGGCGCUCGUGCUGCUGCUGCACCAGCGCGGCGGCUUCCGGGCGCUGCACCAGGUGGCCUUCGCGCUGGAGACGCAGCGCUCGCUCGUGCAGGGCAAGCUGCUGCUCUGGAUGCUCAUGGCCAUGGGCUUCCGCGUCGUGCACUUUGGCGCGGACUUUACCUUCAACUUCAAGUGGCUGCACCAAUGA